AUUAAGACAACUUGUACCGUACCACACCCGAUUAACAGGUAAAAGAGGAAACAAAUAAUAUGUUAUGUCCUGGUUGCUUCAGUCGUUCUGCAAUUUAUAUAGAUCACAAUUUAUUUCACUUAAUAUCGGAUCCUUCAUUUUAACGGAAGUAAAUUUUUCCGUAAAUUUGUUAGUUCCUCCUGUUAAUGUUUAUAAUGUUUUUAGUUUUGAUUAAUCUUUGUGUCAUAUGGUAAUUCCAUGGUGUAAAUAUUAUAUAUAAGUAAUCUCAGAGGAGCUGUUAUCAUCACAAGCGAACAUCAUUUUGAUAAACUAGCACUCUCAAGAUUUGUUUGAACAUACACACAUACAGUUAUAAUACUAUUGUCAUCCUUUCCAUUCCAAGUGACCAACCAUUAUAAUGAAUACCACCAACGUUUCCCUCCAGGUUGUAAUCUUCCUCCUCACCAACGUCGCAUUGCUCAUAUCUUCGGCGUCAAUUCCGACUCAGUGUAAAAUACCAAAAGACUUGAAAGUCCAAUACGAGAAACUAUCCAGCGCAGCGAUCGGCAAUAACUUUUUUCUACCAGCUGAAAUAGCUCCAGCGGGAAGUGACCAACAAGAACUGACCGAAGGGGAUAAAACGUGCCCAACAUCUUCUGUAUCUACUGAUAUCAUUCGUGAGCGGUCAACCUGCCCAUGGUACCUGAAAAUUACCCACAAUUCGACAUAUUUUCCUCCAUCGCUCACUGAAGUCGUGUGUCGCUGUACAGACUGCCUGGACUCUGACAGUAACCACCAAUGUGUGAUGGUGUAUACUCCAAUGACUGUCCUCAAACGUACAGCCAAAUGUGUUGAUGGACUGUACGUUUAUAAACCAAGUGUCAUUGAUGUAGCCACAGCCUGUGUGUGUGCACGGAAAAUCGAUGUAAUACCCGGAGGAAAUGAAGACGAAUAUGAAACAUAAUAUCGGCCAAAAUCAUCAGACAUUCAAAUGUGUGUAACACAAAAGUUUUUCAUUAUGUUAUGAAAGUUUAAGUAAACCACUGUGUGGUUAUUAUAAGAAACAUAUACGAAACACGCAUACACACAAAAAAUCAUAUAAGCGUACAUAUUUAAAUGCGUGCUCUCUCACUAUUAUUUUCUUUCUCAAUCUCAUUCUCCCUCUCUCUUUGUGCUUAUACAUACACACAAGACACACACACAAACUCACACACAUACAUACACACACACAUAUACAUACAAAUAUAAAUAUAUACAUGUGUACAGAAAUAUGCAUAUAUUUACAUGUAUAUAAGCAUACAUAUAAAGAUACAUUUAUACAUACAUACAUUGGCAAAAACCAGUUUCGUUUCGUAAAUGCUGUUUCGUAAAUAAGACAUAUUUCUUGCAAAUUAUUUUGUUUUUCUAUUUGUAAACACUGAAAGGAACUCUUAUCUUACUAUCAUAUUUAACUCAUAAUCAAUAUUUCCUUUUUUUUUUCACCUAAACCUAUAUGAAGGUUCUUUUUAUGUAAAUAUUUGAAACCGACAUAACUUGAGGUAGUGAU